UAACUUCGCCGUCCAGCAGCUCCACAGCUGCAACAAGGAGGAGGAACAAACAUGGCGUCUGGCUAUGCGUGGUUCCUUGUGCUGGGGUCGGUUUUCCUGUGCAAUCUCAUGAAAACACUCCUGCCGACCAUAUCCUCUUUCCUCUCAAAGCUGGUGCAGAAAGAUGCUGAGCAGGAGAGUGAGAUGAGGGCUGAAAUCCAGGAAAUGAAGAAGGAGCAGGCCUCGAUUAGCAUGAUGGAUGAGUUUGCUAGAUAUGCCAGAUUGGAGCGCAAAAUCAACAAGAUGACAGACAAGCUGAAAACACACGUGAAAUCAAGAACAGCGCAACAAGCCAAAAUGAAAUGGGUUGUAAACAUUGUCUUUUAUAUACUGCAGGCUGCUCUGAUGAUCUCCUUGAUAUGGAAGUAUUAUGCUGAUCCAGUGACAGUGGUCCCCAGUAAAUGGAUUGCCCCUGUGGAGCGCCUUGUGGCCUUCCCAACAGGAGUGGCAGGUGGAGUGGGAAUCACAUGCUGGCUGGUGGUUUGCAACAAAGUGGUUUCACUGGGUCUCCAUGCUGUCAGCUAGAGACGGCAGCUGAGUUAAACACACUGGUUUUCUAAUUUAUUUAACAUUCAACAUUUAGUUGAUGAAAGCCACAAAUUUGUGUCAUUUUUUUGUCAGCUGCUUCAGACCAAUAUGUAAAAAUGCAGUGCAUUUUUUGUAUGCUGUUUCAUAUUGCAACAUAGUAUUUAGGUGAUGUUGAAUUUUGUUCUUUUUGUUUUGAUCAUUUUGUUUUAAAUUCAUUGUAAUGAUGUAUUGGCUGUAUUAUUUCAAAACAUAAUAGUCUGGAAAUGUUGAAAUGCCUUUUGAAUAAAAUAAAACAAAAUAUAA